AUGAAGAAGAGAGUGGCAGAUAUGUGGCGCUCAGUCAAGGGGGUCACCAUCAAGAAAGCACUGGAAGGGCUAUUUUUGUUUCAAUUCUCUCAUAGGUUAGAUAUGGAGGUAGCAUUGAAGGGAGGUCCGUGGUCUUUCGGUAAUCACUUACUGAUUAUUGAGAGAGUGCAAAUCGAAGUACAACUUGAGAAUAUCCCGCUUUUUCAUGUCAAAUUUUGGGUACAGAUCCAUAAUCUUCUGGCGGGUUUGAUGUUGGAGAAAGUCGGGAAAACAAUAGCAAACUACAUCGGUACAUUUGUGGAGUAUGACAAGAACAAUAAUUCGAGCUUCUGGAGGCAGUAUAUGCGACUGAGAGUCAAAUUUGAUAUCCGACAACCUUUAAAGAAAAAUACUAGGGUGAAAAACAAAGGCGGCGAGUGGUGCACAGUUAUUUUUAAAUAUGAAAAUCUGAGUCUGUUCUGCUUUGUUUGUGGAAUAUUGGGACAUUCGGAACAGAGGUGUGAAGUCUGA